AGAAUAUAAUGUGCAUGCAAUCUGCUAAUUCUUUUUUUCUUUUGAAUUUAUUUAUGAUUUUUUGGGAAAGAUAACAACCCUCAACUUGGAGAAAAAGAGUGGUACUUCUUCACACCGAGGGAUCGAAAGUAUCAAAACGGACAGCGGCCUAGUCGAUCGGCAGGCAAUGGCUACUGGAAAGCUACUGGUUCCGAUAAAGUGAUCUCUUCCGGGGGUAAAAUCGUCGGAUACAAAAAGUCUCUCGUUUACCAUGAAGGGAAAGCCCCAGCAGGAAUCAAGACUAACUGGAUUAUGCACGAAUACAAAGUCAAUCAGCCCGGUCGAGCAAAAACCUGUCCUACUGAUAUGAGGCUAGACGAUUGGGUUUUGUGUCGGUUGUAUAUAAAAUCCGAAAGGGCAAACAACAAGCGAAAGAGAGGUGACGAAACUGCCCAAUUAGUGAAAGAAGAAGACGAAGAAAUUAAUGAAAAUCAAGAAAAUCAAGAAGGAGAAGAAGCCGCCGAGACGAAUUUCGGAAAUGAAGAUCAAGAAGCCGCCGAGACGAAUUCCGGUAAUUAUAACGAACACGCCACUAUUGGUAGUAACGAAUACGCCAAUAAUAUUUGUUAUAACGAAUGCCCCAAUAAUAUUUGUUAUAACGAAUUUGCCGAAACUAUUAAUAAUACGGAUACUCUGUUAUUCGAUCUCGUCUCCCCCUUCUGCACCAACAUCAAAGACCAUCUAGUGGACACACCUCCUCAAGUUUAUAAUUUGCCUCCAUCUUCGACUUUUCCCGAUUAUCGCAACGACAGUCCAGUAUUGAGUGAUAAUUAUAAUCGGCCCCCACAUUACAUCCAGCCGCCGGCGAUUAAUUAUACCGCGCUCCCACAUAAUCAAAAUCAUCACACGACGACCGAUCAUAAUUACGAUUACAUCACCGCGCAAAGAGAGAUGUUUGGUGUAUCUCCGAGCAGACAAGUUUAUUUCGAGAAUCAUCGGAGCGUGCACAUGCCUUAUAAUAUCGAUUGUCCGAGAUACCAGUUCAUGGAAACUCCCGGAACAUUCCAGAACAGUCACGGGAAUAUUCCUUCUCCACAUAUACAGAAUCAAGGAAAUAUUCCUUCUCCACACAUACAGAAUCAAGGUAAUAUUCCUUCUCCACACAUACAAAAUCAAGGAAUCUACGAACGAGCUCCUUCGUCGUUUGGUAGUUCGUCUUUACCUUCGACCAGUACUACUGGUGCCUCCGAUCCUACGGUAAAACCUCAGGAUAAUUGUAAUGAUCACCCUGAUUAUAAUCAGUCGAUGCCGAGGAAAAGACAUCAACAGUAGGCGUAAAUAUAGUUUAGUCUUAAUAUGUUUAGCUUUACUGUUUUUUUUUUUUCCCGACUAAUUACGAACUUAUCGUAGAUUUCGAUUUCGUUUUUUUGGUAUUUAUGGAGUUUGGAGUAGAGGUUUUUUAAAACUAAGCUGUGAAACCUUUUUGCAACAAUUAUUUGUAUCGCUCAAAUACAGUUCAUGCUUGUGAAUUAUUAUAUUUUAUUUUUUAAAUAUCAUAAAAUAUAUAUGAUUAAUUACAUCUGCAUU